CCCCAGGCCGCCGAGGGACGGCGGGGCCGGUGCCAUGGCCGAGCGGGGCCGCCUCGGCCUCCCCGGCGCGCCGGGCGCGCUCAACACGCCGGUGCCCAUGAACCUGUUCGCCACCUGGGAGGUGGACGGCUCCAGCCCCAGCUGUGUGCCCAGGUUGUGCAGCUUGACCGUGAAGAAGCUGGCAGUUCUCAGGGAGCUGGAGAAGGAGCUGAUGUCUGUGGUGAUUGCAGUCAAGAUGCAGGGCUCCAAACGAGUCCUGCGGUCUCAUGAGAUUGUGCUGCCCCCCAGUGGACAAGUGGAGACUGACCUGGCCCUGACCUUCUCGCUGCAGUACCCUCACUUCUUGAAGAGAGAAGGCAACAAGCUUCAGAUCAUGCUGCAGCGCAGAAAGCGGUACAAAAACCGGACGAUCCUGGGCUAUAAGACGCUGGCCGUGGGCUCCAUCAACAUGGCCGAGGUGAUGCAGCACCCCUCAGAGGGUGGCCAGGUGCUGAGCCUCUGCAGCAGCAUCAAGGAGGCCUCUGUCAAGGUGGCAGAGAUCUGGAUCAUCUCCCUGUCCAGCCAGCCCAUCGACCAUGAGGACAGUGCCAUGCAGGCCGGUCCCAAGGCCAAGUCCACAGAUAACUACUCUGAGGAGGAGUAUGAGAGCUUCUCCUCUGAGCAGGAGGCCAGCGAUGAUGCUGUGCAAGGGCAGGAUCUAGACGAGGACGACUUUGAUGUGGGGAAACCUGAGAAGCAGCGGAGAUCGAUAGUAAGAACGACGUCCAUGACCAGGCAACAGAACUUCAAGCAGAAGGUGGUGGCCCUGCUGCGGAGGUUCAAAGUGUCAGACGAGGUCCUGGACUCGGAACAGGACCCUGCAGAGCACGUCCCUGAGGCAGAGGAGGACCUGGACCUUCUGUAUGACACACUGGACAUGGAGAACCCCAGUGACAGCGGUCCUGACAUGGAGGAUGAUGACAGCGUCCUUAGCACCCCCAAGCCCAAGCUCAGGCCGUACUUUGAGGGCCUGUCACACUCCAGCUCACAGACAGAGAUCGGGAGCAUCCAUAGUGCCCGAAGCCACAAGGAGCCUCCAAGCCCGGCAGACAUGCCUGAGAAGACGCGGUGCCUGGGAGCCAAGCAGCCAAGUGACAGCAUCUCGGACACGGUAGCCCUGAGCAUACCGGUCCCUCAGGAGCUGGCAGAGCCCCCCGAGAACAGUCCGGAGGCUGAGACCUCCGCUCUGGAUGUGUUUACCGAGAAGCUGCCACCCAGUGGGAGGAUCACCAAGACGGAGUCGCUCGUCAUCUCAUCCACAAGGUCUGAGGCAAAGCCAGCUGGCCGCCGGGGCCGGAGCACAUCCCUGAAGGAGCGGCAGCCAGCACGGCCACAGAAUGAGCGGGCCAACAGCCUGGACAAUGAGCGGUGCCCAGACACAAGGAGCCAGCUGCAGAUCCCCAGGAAGACCGUGUAUGACCAGCUGAACCAUAUCCUCAUCUCCGAUGACCAGCUCCCUGAGAAUAUCAUUCUUGUCAAUACCUCUGACUGGCAGGGGCAGUUCCUUUCUGAUGUCCUACAAAGGCACACACUCCCUGUGGUGUGCACAUGCUCUGCUGCUGAUGUCCAGGCAGCCUUCAGCACCAUCGUCUCACGGAUACAGAGAUACUGCAACUGCAAUUCCCAGCCCCCGACCCCAGUGAAGAUUGCAGUGGCCGGAGCACAGCAUUACCUCAGCGCCAUCCUGAGGCUCUUCGUGGAGCAGCUGUCCCACAAGACGCCUGACUGGCUCGGCUAUAUGCGCUUUCUCAUCAUCCCGCUGGGUUCCCACCCCGUGGCCAGGUACCUGGGCUCCGUGGACUACCGCUACCACAACUUCUUCCAGGACCUGGCCUGGAGAGACCUGUUCAACAAGCUGGAGGCCCAGAGUAUAGUGCAGGACACACCGGACAUCGUUUCACGCAUCACCCAGUACAUCGCAGGGGCCAACUGUGCCCACCAGCUUCCCAUUGCUGAGGCCAUGCUGACCUACAAGCAGAAGAGGAAAAGGCACUUUCACUUUGACUUUACCCUAAGCCCUGAUGAAGAGUCCUCCCAGAGGUUCAUUCCUUUUGUUGGGGUUGUGAAGGUUGGGAUCGUGGAACCUUCAUCUGCCACAUCAGGUGACUCAGAUGAUGCAACCCCCUCGGGCCCCAGUGUGCUCUCCUCCACCCCACCAUCCACGUCGCCCGCAGCCAAGGAGGCCUCACCCACCCCACCGUCCUCCCCAUCGGUGAGCGGAGGCCUAUCCUCCCCCAGCCAGGGUGUCGGCGCCGAACUCAUGGGGCUACAGGUGGACUACUGGACAGCAGCACCUCCUGCAGACAGGAAGAGGGAUGCCGAGAAGAAAGACCUGCUCACCACCAAAAACACGCUCAAGUGCACUUUCCGGUCCCUCCAGGUCAGCAGGCUGCCCAGCAGUGGCGAGGCCACAGCCACGCCUACCAUGUCCAUGACCGUGGUCACCAAGGAGAAGAACAAGAAGGUGAUGUUUUUGCCCAAGAAAACAAAAGACAAAGAUGUGGAAUCCAAGAGCCAGUGCAUCGAGGGCAUCAGCCGCCUGAUCUGCACAGCCAAGCACCAGCAGAACAUGCUGCGGGUCCUCAUCGACGGCGUGGAGUGCAGUGAUGUCAAGUUCUUCCAGCUGGCCGCCCAGUGGUCCUCGCAUGUGAAGCACUUCCCCAUCUGCAUCUUCGGACACUCCAAGGCCACCUUCUAGCCCCUGUCACGGAGGGGCCGGCAUGGAACCGUGGAGAGGCUGAGGUUUCUGUUAACAUUUCAGUUUACUACAAAGACAGAUCCUUAAAAACACAAACAGUCUUAAGUAGAAAUGUGCUCGCAGCCGGAAACUAAGGUCAGCUCCCUGCUGGGUGCUGAGUAAUUGCUCUGCUUAUUAACCAGACAUCUGGCCCAGCCAACUCAAGGCUGAGGGCCCAGGAAGAUGUGUUCCAGCCACAGGAGCCCCCCAGAGCCCACAGCAAGGAGGGUUCUGCCUGUGUCCUCCCCUUUCUAGAAGCCAGGACACUGCUUCCUCAGGGAGCUCAGAGCUUGGUGGUGAGAGGCCAAAGGUUGCAGGGACGCUCAGCUUCCUGGCAGGGAUCCCCCCCCAUCCCAACACCACCCACACGGGGCUCCAAAUAAACUCCAGCCUCCUGGCAGAGGUUUUAUAGUAGCAGAUCUUUCUAAUGCUUUCACAUACAUGUUACUGUGCAGCUCCCAAACAGCUGUUGCUCUCCUGAAGUCCCCACCAGGCCCUACUCACCCCCAUCCCCUCAUUGGUCUGAGAGUGAGUUGGCCCAGACUUAGUCUCUCAGGCCCAGGGGUUCCCCACAAAUGUUCCAGUGUCCAGGCUGCUCUGCCACACUGUCCACCGACCCUCACCUGCCUGCUGUCUGGGAGUGUCUAGGACUGGUCAUAUCGGUGUCUGAGGUGAGAUUCAGGGUUGGUAAACUGGUGAGCAGGUGCAUAUGCAGGACCUUAAGCAACUGUGUAGCCAGCGAAGGGUCAGGCAGGCUGGCCUGUCACAGGGCCCAGGUAUCCCUGCAGUGCUGAGGACCCUCCUGGCCAUGCUUCUGAGAGUAGCAUGUUACAUUAGGAUCCUAUUGUGGAGGGAAGCCCUGCCCCCAGCUGCCCAUGCAUCAGGAGAAGGUUGUCUACCCGACUACCUGCCCAAGCAGGCCGACAGGGUUGGGGGAGCAGCUCAGUGCUGCUUCUCCCGCCAAAUCCACACCUGGGAUCACCUAGGAAAAGCCACCUGGCUCCCUCCUCCUUGGAAAUGGUAGCCCUGCCACAAACACUAGUGGCCAUUCCAGAAGCUCUGGGCCUGGUAUCUUGAGGGCUGCAUAAAACUCUGCUCAGAAAACAGUGCCAAAUUCAGGACUGGUGAAGUCAUAGAGGGGCCCCAUCUUAUUGAGGAGAGGAUGGCCCAUUUCCUUAGCCAUGACAAACCUGCUUACCUGCUCCCUUCCCAGGUGGCUGAACAAAGUUGAAUUUGUCAGUGCUAGCCAUGGGGCUAGCGACUAGGCCUGGGGUCUGCCCCAGUGCCCUGGGUGCAGGCCUUGAAUAGUCUGAGAAUGUCCUUCCCAUGAACCCCUGGUGAUAUGUUUCCCCCUUCACCUAUGACUGGAGCCUGAGGCACUGCCUAGCAGACAGCCCCUCUGCAGGGCCCUUUGAAGAGCUGGGAAAGGAUCAGGCUAGCUCAGUGUCAAGUGCUGGGGGCACUGGCCUUCUGGCUUCAGGGCCUGUUUUAUCAUCCCAUCCAGUUUCUUCCUAAAAGUCACCUUUGGAUCGCUUCUCGGCCUUUUGGCUAAGAUCAAGUGUAAAAGUCACCUUUGGUAGGAAAGGGAUAUGGCUUGGCUAUCUAGCCUCUAGGGCACAAGAGCUGCCCAGCUUCCCCAGUGUGGGCAGCCCUUUCUUGGAGACCAUCUGCCCUACGAUUGGCCCCACAGCUACACCCUUGCUCAGGUAAGGAGAGCCCCUGGGCAGAACCUCCAUCCAGCAACUGGCCCAUGGCUGGACCUGCAGAGCAAGUCCCCAUCUGUCCUGCACUAAGUGCCAUGCGGUCCCUACUACAGCAGGCUCUGUGUCAGUGAAGUGUGCAAGUGGAGGCCUGGGCCAGGCUCCCUUCACUGCCUGUUUCCCCAUCAGUUGGAGGGAUGGUCACAUUUCCCCUCCCUACCUCGUGGAGCUGUUCUAAGGAUUCAUGGAAAAGCACUUUGACCUCUGGAGGGGUGAGAAGCCAAAGCCGUCUGUCCCACAGCAGAUGUGACCAGGGCGGUGGCGGUGGCCGUGGGGGUGGGUUUCCUGUUCGAAGUUGGCUUCUUGGCCUCACUAGUCUCGCCCAGACAGCCCCAGGCUCCCCUGGGCAGGCCGCCACUGACCCUGGCCUUGUCCCUCCCGGCGCCUUGGCUGCCUUGCCCUGAAGAGGGCCCGAGGUCCCAAGGUGGGCCCAGGCCUGCUCGCAGCUCGAAGUGACUGUUUGGUGUCUACAGUGUACGUGUUGCUGAUUUUUAAAAUGGGAAGCAGGAUUAAUGUAAAUAGACGCUAAUCUGUCCCAUGUGGACGACUCUAAGGUGCUGACGCGACAUUAAUAAACUGAGGGCACUCUGGC